AUGAGCGAUGAUGAAUGCCCUGAAGCUGCAGAUUUCAUAACAUAUGUUCCUCAACAUGUCGUUCUCUUUGGUCAAUUACUCUUGUGCAUGGCUACUAUUGCUAUAAACCUAAUAUUUAUCAGACGUUGGAGAAAGAACCUAUUCUUUCACAUCAAUUUCCGAAUAUUACUGUGGACAAUAAUCACCGUCAAUAUCGGGCAUUCUGUCUUCCUAGGGCCACUACAGGUAAAACCAGAACUCCCGCAGUUUAACAGAGAUUUUAUACCGAUUUUAGGGACUUCAUUUAUACAAAAUAUAUACGGCGAUCAAGCCUUGUGA